UUGAAAAAUCAGCUGACUUUAUAACCAGGGCUGCAACGACACACUUACAGUUUUUAGAUUAUACAACAAAACGGAUGGUUUACUAAAUAUCUAUCUGUAAAUUAACAUUUGCCGAAAACAGAUUAAAUAAAACAUAAGACAUGACCAGCUUUACGACCGUUUUCCAAAUGGCAAGGCAGCGAUUGAUAGCCCCAGCGAUAGGAAACUGGGCACGUUUCUAUGCCGCAAAACCUGCGCCGGCAGCGAGCAAGAAAAAGAAGCUUGGCAAGCUGGGGCCCAUCGUGGAGAAGAAGGUCCUUCCCGUGGAGACCGAUGCCAACAAGCUGGUGAACUAUGUGUGCGGUAGUAACUACCUGAAAACAGGAGAAGAUGUCAAGAUCAAACCGGAUGCGGAGUACCCCGAAUGGCUGUGGACGCUGAACACGGAACGCAUCAUUCCUCUGGACGAACUGGACCCCAACACCAAGCAGUACUGGCGCCGCUUGAGGAAACUGGCCUUGCGGCGCAACAAUCAGCUGUCCAAGCUAAAGAAGUUCUAGAACCUAUAGCCCGGGGUGUUAUUGUUGAUUCUUGAGGCCCAACCAACCCUCAAAGUGGCCCAUGUUGUUUGCGAUGCUCUCCUGAGCAACAAGUGUGCAAACACCAUGUCUUUUUUUAUUUUUACUAAAAGCGAACUGCAAAUACA